UGCAAUGACUGAUUGAUGGGCCUAGGGUUCAUAUCUCUUGGCCCAGUCAAACAAUGUAUGAAGGCCCGUAAACAAUUAUUAGAAGUUGGUCCUUCUCCUCCUCCUUCUUCUGCAACAAUGGAGAGAGAUGAAAAUGAUGAAGAACAAAACAGAAAAUCAAAUACCAAAAAAGUACUAAUUCAGAUCCCAUCUUAUCAAGAAGUUAUAGAAAAUUCACAAAACCCUAAAACCCAAUCUUUAUUCAACCCAUCUCAAACUUUCUCUCAAGCUUUCGCCUCCAUUAAAAACUCCGAAUUCUACACUCCGCCGCCUCCUCCUAAAUCCGGCGCCGUUUCCGAUAAUGAGAACUCUAAUCCAACCUCGACGACCCAAAGUGCGGCUUCACCUUCUCCGUCUGCUGCUUCACCGUCGAAUCACGCCGGUCAGAAUCGCAAUGCAAUCAUUGUUAGCCACAGGCAGAAGGGAAACCCAUUGCUUAAACAUAUAAGAAAUGUGAGGUGGGCUUUUGCUGAUAUUGUUUGUGACUACAUGCUUGGCCAGAAUUCAUGUGCUCUUUAUCUAAGUCUUAGGUAUCAUCUAUUGCAUCCCGAUUAUCUGUAUUAUCGAAUUAGGGAGCUGCAAAAGAACUACAAGCUUCGUAUUGUUUUAUGCCAUGUUGAUGUUGAGGAUGUGGUUAAGCCUCUACUUGAAGUCACUAAGACCGCUCUGCUUCAUGACUGUACUCUAUUAUGUGCUUGGAGUUUGGAGGAAUGUGGUCGUUACUUGGAGACUAUAAAAAUUUAUGAAAACAAACCCGCGGAUCUUAUCCAAGGGUAUAUGGAUACAGAUUAUUUAUCACGGCUAAGCCACUCUCUGACAACUGUUCGGCAUGUUAAUAAGACUGAUGUAGUCACCCUCGGCUCUACCUUUGGGUCCCUUUCUAAUAUCAUGGAUGCAUCGAUGGAAGAUCUAGCUCGCUGCCCUGGCAUAGGAGAGCGCAAGGUGAAACGCUUGUAUGACACUUUUCAUGAACCAUUCAAGCGGGUAUCCAGUAACCCCAUUGUUCCAGAGACAUCUCAGAAAGACCCCGAACCUUCUGUAGCAAAAAUUACAGAAUUGGGGAAGGGAGAAGAAGAUGAAAGCAAAAGAAGGAAGAAAGAACCUGAAAUAACGGUCAAAUCCGCUCUUUCUGCCGCAUUUUCAAAAUAUGCUGAUAAAAUUGGUAAAAGAGCUAAUAGAUCACAUGGAGAAAAAGAUGCAGGAGAGACAAGUCUUGGCAAGGAAUCAGGAACUGAUAAUAGGAACUCUAAUGAAGAGACCGGGAGUUGAUUCUCAUUUUUGAGAUUAUCAGUUUAUCGGGAGUAUAGUCGUAGCAUCGGUGCAGUCAAAUUUCUUUUACUACUUUGUAUUAGCCGUCACAGAAGGUAAAUUUUACUUUACCAGGUUCAAUUGUAGUGUUAUUCUGUACAUAUCAACUGAUUAUUAUGAUCUAAUGAAUUAUAAUUUUCUUUUGACA